CCUGUGCGCUUCCUCAUCAUGUCCGACACUCACGAUGGACACGGCAAAAUCUUGCGAUCGACUCCACAAUGCGAUGUUCUCCUCCACUGCGGCGACUUCACCCAACACGGAUCGCCAGAAGCCAUCAAGGAAGCUCUUGAAGCCUUCUCCAAAAUUGAAGCCGAGCUGAAACUAUUCAUCGCUGGCAACCACGAGAUUGCGCUUGACAAAGACUACUAUCUUUCCCAAGGAGGCACUGCGGAAGGUCACCAAAAAGCACGAGGACUUUUAUGCACUCCCGGCGUUCGAUUUUUCGAAGAAGGAACGCACGAGUUCACGUUGAAGUCUGGAGCACACUUCAAGAUAUUUGUUUCGCCAUGGACACCACGAUACGGCUCUUCAGCAUUCCAAUAUACAACAAACAAAGACCGCUUCAACCAGUCAAAUGUGACUCCUUCGUGGGCAGAGAAUUUUGGGACCACAGCCUCGAUAAUACCCGAGAGUGUUGAUAUCGUUAUGACUCAUGGUCCGCCAAAAUAUGUCCUCGAUAAAACCGGAGACGGUACCAGUGCAGGUUGUGAACAUCUGCGCCGAGCAAUUGCAAGGGCGCGACCGAGGUUGCAUUUCUUUGGGCAUGUUCACAAGGGGUAUGGGGCACAGAGGGUGCGGUACGAUGACAGGAAGAAUAUCAAAGAAGAAGGGGACGAUCACAUGGUCUUGCUACCUCAGGAAUGGGUAGGCAAAAACCAAGCGAAGAGAAAGGAUCACGCUAGUCUCCCGCCUGGCUCCGCUGAGACAUUCAAGAAGAAUCCACAAGAGACCCUAAUGGUGAAUGCUGCGAUCAUGGAUGAUGAUAACCAACCGGAGAAUGCGCCUUGGUUGGUGGAGUUAGACCUACCA